UCGCCUUAAGAAUUCCGGCUAGAAGGGAUCGCGACGACCUAUUGACCUCUUAUGCUCCUCCUCCUCACGACCUUUCCUCCCCCCUUGAUUCCUCUCUACUCAUGAGCUCAUGAACUUCAAGAUGGCGUUUGUAGAAAGUGCCCGGGAGAUGGGGAGGCCCUCCCCCCUGGCCAACCUGUGGCAUAUUAUUGAAGUGACUCUCUUCUCCAGCUACACAAAUGUGCUGCUGGUCUUUGUGUUCCUGGGGAUCCUGUCCGGUUCCCAGGAAUGGAAUCCCUCCGCCGUGUUCAUCCUCAACUUCCUGGCCAUCUUUCCACUGGCGUCAUUGCUGUCCUUUGCGACCGAAGAAUUGGCCAAGAGCGUCGGACAGACCGUGGGAGGCCUGAUCAAUGCGUCCUUCGGCAAUGCCAUCGAGAUGAUUGUUGGAAUCACAGCGGUGACUCAAGGAGAAAUCCAUAUAGUCCAAUCCUCCAUGGUUGGCUCCAUCCUCUCCGGUACUCUACUGGUCUUGGGCUGUUGUUUCUUUGCUAGCGGCUACAACAAGGAGACCGUGCUUUUCAACGUCGAUGUGACGGGGAUCAUGUCGUCCCUGAUGAUUGUGUCCUCGGCUGCUCUCAUCAUCCCAUCCACUCUGUACUCCACCGCUCUCUAUGCUUCACCCAAUGGAAGCGAGUACAUUCUGCGCCUGUCCCACAUUACUGCCGUUUUUCUACUGAUCUUCUACUUUGUCUACCUUUACUUCCAACUAAGCAGCCACGCUCACCUCUUCAGUGGAACCGAAGACGAUGAUCAAGAAGAGCGCCAACUGGGACCCAUCGCCGCCAGUCUUGUCCUGGUUCUUGCGACACUGGGGGUCACCGUCUGCUCGGACUACCUGGUUGAUGGCGUGGAUGGCUUCGUAGAGGCCUACGGCGUUAGCCGAGCCUUUCUGGGUCUGAUUGUCGUGCCUAUUGUUGGGAACGCUGGUGAAUUUGCAACCACUGUCAAGGCAGCGAAAGAGGGAAAAGUGGAUCUGGCGAUUGGAGUGAUUGUGGGAAGCACCCUCCAAAUUGCCCUUUUUGUGACGCCGUUCCUGGUCCUUUACGGCUGGGCUCUUGGUGAGCCGAUGUCCCUCCGCUUCAACACGUUCGAGACCGCUUGUUUCUCACUGGCUGUUGUGGUGAUGAACUGCUUGAUUCGGGAGGGGCGGUCCAAUUACUUUGCGGGGGUCUUAUUAUGCGGAACGUACCUGAUCAUCGCAAUUGCGUUCUAUGUACACCCGGAUAUCGUUGCACCCUCGGAGUACUAGGCAACCACUUGGCGGUAAAUAAGUAU